GCUGGUCGAGCGGCAACAACGCGUUUGCUGAGCCCCACAAACCGCACCAACACACACACACACACACACACAUAUACACACAACACCAAUAUGACAAAGCCAAAAGAGUUGCUGACCGGCCGUGUUUUGUUCGCUGUCCGUCGGGACGAAUGGCCAUGGGAAACGGUCGUGUUGGGUGCGAGGUCUCCACAGUGAGACUGCCAGCCAAAGAGCGAAAGAGACCCUGGUCAACCCGAACGUUGAGUUUAGUUACUAUUUUUGUCGUGUUUCCCUUCUCAAGGGAAUGCUGGCCGAGACCCGCCCUUUACGCGGCCUGUUACGUCGUCAAGCUCGUAAAAAAAAAACCACCGACUUCUUUCAAGACGGGACGGAGCCAGGGAGGGGGGAGAAAGCACCGUCAACGUUGCAUGGUACGCGGAGGGCUCGUAUGCAUGGCAGGCCGGGCAGAGUAAAAGUAACGCUCUGUCGUUUGUAUCGCGAAGAUAAAUUUCCUGCUUUUUUUUCCUUCGUGUCGCAUGUGGCGAAAGGCGGGAUGGCACGUCAAAUACCGGCGCCGGCUCUUUUGCCGCGCGGGUCGCAACAGCGCGCCAUCCUUCGUUGUCUUGCAGUGUUGCAACAGGCGUGGAAGAGGCUAAGACGCAUAUCAACUAAUUACCUCUGUCUGAUCACUUUUUUUGGUAGUUCAAGGGAGGUUUCUGACAGGUCUGAUGGCGGACAUGUCUCCAAGAACCUGAUGGAGUCGGUUUGUGGCGGAGACAAAACGAGACGGGCAGGUGUUGUUGUUUCAGGUUUCAUAACCUGGAGUUCGAACAAGACCGGGAAAAUGCCGUUGUCACUGGUUUUCUUUGUUGAAGCCCAUCACCGCCCUAAAAUCCCCAGCGGCUCGGGUGCUGGCUGCCUGGGGCAACAGAAUGGCGGUCGGGCUUUUAGACCCUAAAAAAGCGAAUGGCGAUGAUCAACCGAAUGGGUUGGAGGCGAAACGCACAGUGUCCGUUAGGCGGGUUGGGAGGACCGCAUGUGCACGAAAAAGGAGAGACACAGCUCCCCUGAGACAGCGAGGCAAGAGAAUGGAGAAUGCCCGGCAUGAAGAGACCCAUCUAUCUGUAAGACAACAACAUGGAAGGCCUGCAGAGUGCAGAGACACUCGUGUGUUUAAAAGCCGCGACGGGCACACACGGUUAGUUCCAUGGCUUGCCCCUUUUGCCCGACGAUGGCAAUGGAGACAACUGAUGAAACCGUGAAACACUCCUGAAAAAGAAGAAAUGACGGGAGAGUUGGAGCGGCUGGCAGACGGUGCUUGGCGGUCAGGGGCGGCCGGGACUGGCAGUCUUGGGCUGGGGUGCUUUGGUGCUUGGGGCUUGAAUCGGGUGGGUCUGGAUCCCGAGCCACUCGCAGUCC